CUUCUGCCCAUGCGUCAGGUCUGCAUUGAUGUAUUGCAGAAUAGAGGAAGGUUGGAUGUACGGAUCGUCUGUCGCGAGCUCGAUCUUUGCCUUAACAUGCAGAAGAGCUGGGAUGGCAUCUAAUGGUGAGGUGUAAGACAAGGUGUGUUCUAGGGACAGUGAAGUCCGGAGUCAGUCACAGCAGCGCAAGGAAACAGGAAAGGUAUGAUGUCUUCUACCCUGGUGGAGACAGUUUCUAUCAACUAUGAAGACUUCAACGACAGUUUCCUUACCUGUGGCACAUGCCUGUGCAUGUAUGACUCUGUUGAACACAACCCCAAGCUCCUGCCGUGCUCUCACACUGUAUGUAAAGGCUGCCUGGAACGCAUUAUAGCUGCACAGACCCUUGACACAGGGUCCUUCAGAUGUCCAAUAUGCCGAGAGACCAUCACCCUGCCCCAGGGUGGUGUUGGGGCGUUUCCAGCCAGCUUCUUGGUCAACCAGCUGCUUGAUCUUAUGGCUAGCCAGAGACGCUGAUGUGUCAUCCCAAAAUGUUCAGUCCAUUCCAACCAGGAGUUACUAUUCUGUGAAACGUGUGAUAUUGUUUUCUGUGUGCGCUGUACAGAGGGAAACCAUAAUGGCCGGGGUGCAAGUGAACAUACUGUGAUUCCAUUUGCUAUCGCUAUAAAGAGAAUGUCUGAGAUACUCCUAUACAAGGCGCAUCUGUGCAUCAAGAACCUGAACAAUGCGUAUGAGAAUGUGUCCCAGGAAUUACGGAGAUUGGAGCUGUCGGUUGACAAAACUCUAGACCAGAUCAAUAGGUCAUUCCAGGAUGUGAUGGCCGUUGUUGACAAGCGUCGACACGAGUGCUUGCAGUGGGUCCGCAAGAUCCGUGAGGAGAAGAAAAAGAUCCUGAAUGAGCAGUUGGACCUCAUUCAGCAGGAGAAGGAGAAGGUACAGUUGGAGUGUGAUGGUCUGCAGUACCAGGUGGAGGUACGCAACAUCACCAAGAAGAUCGGAGACCUAAACGAGAAACUGGACACGACAAGUACUCUGGCUGAGCCUCGUGAAAACUCCUUUCUGAAAUAUGAGCACAAGCAUAAUGAGGCACUCAAGGAAAUUUCCAAAGCUGUUGCCACCUUUGGCAGGAUUAAAGUCAGCACAACCUUCCCAGCACUAUCGUCAGCAAAGUUUAAAGAAGCUACGACACAUCUUCGCUCAGGGGUCAAGAUCAUCACAGUGGAUUACCAUGGCAACCCCCGAACAGGUGGUAGUGAUCCUGUGAUAGCAGAAAUGCGCACAGACAAAGGUGAUCUUGUCGACACCAAGGUGACGGACAAUGAGGAUGGGACAUAUGGUAUUCAGUUUAUACCACCGAAAUCUGGUAAACUGAAGCUCUGUGUCAGCAUAUUUAAUCGGCCAAUCAAAGAUAGUCCAUUUUCUAUUGAUGUCAGUGAUCAUAUAAAUCCAUUGUGGAAGUUCGGAUCUCGUGGCACAGGGAACACAAAUCUUGUUCAGCCUGUGAGAAUCUCAGCAGAUCAGACAGGAACAAUAUAUACUCUGGACACGGGUAACAGUCGGAUUUCUGUUCUCAACGCUGAGGGCGAGUUCCUGCGACACAUUGGACCAGCAGGUCUGGAGAACCAGAGUGCCACAGGUCUUUGUCUAAUGCCAGACACGAACCUUGCCAUCAUCAACUGGAGAACAAAAUGUGUGUCCAUCCUUGGCAAUGAAGGUGAACUAAUUAAAAAGUUCACGGCACAGGAGUUUGUGGAACCAAUUGACAUUGCCGUCAACAGUAAGAGCAACAUCAUCGUGGCUGAUAGUGGUGCUGGGAAGGUGUUUAUAUUUGAUCCAUCCGGCAUCCUUCUGACCACCUUCGGCAGUCGUGGUGACCGGGAUGGACAGUUCAAGCUGAUAUCAUCGGUAACAGUUGGCAAAUGUGAUGAAAUUCUAGUCACUGAUCACAGAAUCCAAAUUUUCACUAAAGACGGUAAAUUUUCCCGCCGAUUGUCCGACUCUGGAAAGGGUCAGUAUGGAGGCAUAACAGUGGAUGCUGGUGGUUACAUCCUCGCAACCAAGACGGAGAAGGGGAAGAGUCUCAUCCAUGUGUUGAAUUCCAGUGGCAAGCUGCAGUUCUGUAUUGACAGCAUUGAGGACAAGUUGAAGAGGCCGAGUGGGCUGGCAACACUUCCCGACUUCCAUGUCGUUGUUGCCGACUUGGGCAAUGACUGCGUCAAGAAGUACAGAUACAAAUAGAUAUAUGCAGGGUCUCCCGGAGGAGAUGAGAACCAAACCAAAGGAAAAACAUGUGUUAAUAUUAAGAAAUUUAAUAUAUUUGUGUUAUAUUGUGCGUAUUCUUAUUGACGUUUUAGAAUGAGGUUUGUGAGUCAGUUAUUGUUGGCUUGAUUGUGAGAUGCUGUAUUCACCAGAGACGUCGGGUCGAACUCGGAAUCUCAGAAAGCUUGAAAUUUCUAUAUCUGGCUGCAGGAAACAUUCUACUACAGGAUGUAGGACACAUUCUACUACAGGGUGUAGGAUACAUGCUACCACAUGGUGUAGGAUACAUGCUACCACAGGGUGUAGGAUACAUGCUACCACAGGCUGUAGGAUACAUGCUACCACAGGCUGUAGGAUACAUGCUGUAGGAUACAUGCUACCACAGGCUGUAGGAUACAUGCUACCACAGGCUGUAGGAUACAUGCUAUUACAGGCUGUAGGAUACAUGCUACCACAUGCUGUAGGAUACAUGCUACCACAGGCUGUAGGCUACAUGCUACUACAUGGUGUAUGAUACAUGCUACCACAGGCUGUAGGAUACAUGCUAUUAUAGGGUGUAGGAUACAUGCUACCACAGGCUGUAGGAUACAUGCUACUACAGGGUGUAUGAUACAUGCUACCACAGGCUGUAGGAUACAUGCUACCACAGGCUGUAGGAUACAUGCUACCACAGGCUGUAGGAUACAUGCUAUUAUAGGGUGUAGGAUACAUGCUACCAC